CCGCCCCGCCGCCGCCGCGCCCGGGCCGCUCCCGCCAUGCGGCUGUGGGUGCUCCUCAGCCUGCUGCUGCUGCAGGAAGCGCUGCCACACGUUAUUGGACAGCCUGCGAAGAGUAAGCGUCCAAAAGAACCUGGGGAAAAUAAAAUUAAGCCUGUUAACAAGAAACUAAAACCCAAGACUCCCAAAACGAAGGAGAGAGAAUCUGCGGACUCCUCUUUGAAGUCCCAGUCCAUACUGACACAGGUGAUGGAUAAAGGUCAUGUCCAGAAACUAGCUGCCACUUUAAGCCUGACUGCAGGACAAAGCAUAGAACUGCGAUGUAAGGGGAGUAAUGUUACUUGGAACUACCCUUCAUAUUUAGACACCUUUAAAGACUCCAGACUCAGCAUAAAGCAGCUUGACAGGUAUAGUCAGCUGAUCCUUGCAAACUCCACAGCAGCAGACACAGGUGAAUACAGCUGCUGGCUUCAGCUGUGCAAUGGUAACAAAUGCAGGAAGGAUGAGACCAAAACAGGGUCAACGUACAUCUUUUUCACAGACAAAGAGGAACUUUUUGUACCUACUCCCAGUUACUUUGAGAUUGUCUACCUGAACCCAGAUAAACCUGCAGUCAUCCCAUGCCGUGUUACUACUCCUUCAGCAAAAGUGACUCUACACAGGGAAUUUCCAGCAGAAGAAAUUGAAAUAGAUGGAACUGGUAUUAUUUAUGAUGCAAAGAAGGGUUUUGUCUUCCAGCACCCUACUCCUGAUCAUAAAGGUAUUGUCUACUGCAAAGCAGAGUCACAGGGAGCACCUCAGAUUUCCAUCAAAUAUCACCUACUGUAUGUGGAAGUUCCCAAGGGCCCGCCCUCAACCACAAUUGCCGUGUCAUCCAGUAGAGCCAGACUCAGUGACAGAGUUCAUGUUGUCUGCACAGUCCUGGGGGAGCCAGAUGUGGAUGUGAACUUCAGGUGGCAGUACCCAGGGCAAGAGCUUGGGUGCAUGAAUCAUCCCAGCACAGAACUUUUAAGCUUGCCCAUAUCCAGAAGCAGAGUAUGCUUCUGCCCAGCCUCAUCUGAAAGAAUCCACAGGAAACCCAGAGUGAAUCCGUGGUGUCUUUCUUGCACAAAAUAAGAUGUAACUGACUAGCAUCAUUGAGCAUCCCUUUUCUUUUCCCACUAACCACCUUCACCUGUUACAGCAGAACUCAUUUCUUCAUCAGCCUCAUCCCUAUUGCUGUUUAUCCUAAGCAGACAAGGAGCAGAGGAAGGAUUGCUGGAGGAUGGAACCCUUCACCAGGGAAAAGGGAUCUUCUAUGACUGGAGAGUUGGCAUUGCAUCCUAUUUGCCCACUCUUCUGGUGCUGGGUUGUCAAAGGACAGUAUGGAGCUUGCUAGUAAGAUUCUUUUAUCAGCACUGGUGUCCUUGGGAGAGCAGAGAAGUAAGUAAUUUAACGGCAGAGAUAAUUGCUUAAAUGAGUGAUUUGAGUUCAGUGCUUACUAGGCCUCAGGAAAUGCAAGUCUACUGCAGAAGUUUGCAAUAGCCAUUCAGACAGGAAGAUGUGUGUGUCCUCAGGGGGACAACAGUGAGAGAGCAAGUAAACACAAAAGGGAUUUGAACUGCUGGUGAGAGCACUGGGAGUGUAGAACCAGCUCCUUGCUUAGAUGUUAGUUUGUCCUUUCACUCCCUCUAUCCCCCUCCAGCCAUCCUUUUCUGGAAGGGAAGAAAUGCCCCUGCUUGAUCACAUUAGCUUUGUUGAUUGAUACGGUUUUCCAUUUUUUGUCUUGUGUUGUUUUUUUUAGUUUCUUUUGUUCAGCUUCCCUUGAUAUCUGUUUAUUAGACUGUAAUAACUGGCUGGACAAACCCCAUUUUUGUCUUUUGUAACUAACUGUAAUUACUAAGAACAAUUAAAGGAAUUAAAUUCUAGACUCAGCUUGGCCUUCCAAAAGUGUGUAUCUCAUUAGAAUCUGCCCUAGUUUUUCAUCUUUCCCAGGCUGCCCCCAGCCUGGUUUGCUGGCUAUUACUGGCCCAGCUGCUCCCAGUGGUUUUACAGCACCUGAUGCAUGCUGGCAUGUACAUGUUUACACCUCUAGCACUGAAUAUAAACAGCUAAAGCAUGCAGAUUAUCUCCCUUGUUUGCUAUGGAUACUAGAGCUUCAGUGCAGGGCACAUGCGCAAUUAGCAGAGGACACCUCUCACUGCACCCACCUACGGGGGUGAGAGAGGCUUUGGCCUGUGGCCUGAAUCUGCCCUGGAAAAGGCUGAUGUGCUUAUCCACUGGAAUAAACAAUCUCAGCUCCAGCUGUGCCUGGGGAUAGGGAGGGGAGAGUUGUGUUUGGGUUUCUGCCCCAACAAAAGGAUGAAGUAAAUGUCAGAGUAGAAGCACAGUGUGCUUUGUUGGAGACUUUAACAUUUAUUGAGAAUGUUCACAUACUGCAAAGAAAAAAGGGGGUGGAGGGAGAAGAGACAGGACCAUCAGUGUUGCUGGUCAUACAGACCUUUCAUGCAAGAAAAAGGACCGACAUGGUUCUAAGAUUCACUGGAUGUUUCCAUUCAUGCUGCUGCUUUCAGUGCUGGGAGCUCAGUGAUAGUUUUGUCCCACCCCACGCCACCCAGCAGCUGGGCUCUCCCCUACUGCUCGAUUCCUGAGCAGAAGCAGCAGAUUAAUCCCUGCCUUGUUCCUAGGUACGCUGCAUUGUGGAGACCCUUAUUUCAUCUCUGUAGUCACUAACCUCUCCCUCUUCUUUUGUUCCACUCAGUUGUUUUUUUUUUUCUUGUUUUCCCUUGCCACUCCCUGACAAUUGCAUUUGCUCUUCACCUGCUGUGAAUGCAUACAGAUCCACCCUUAAUCUGAUUCUGUGCAACAGGCUUCAAAGCAGAAGGCAAGUAGUUGGAGGAAAAAUGGACUAGCAAGAGCCCAACCAUGCAAACAGGGUCCACCUUGCACAGCCUUUACAUUCACUUUCAGUAGGGUCAAGGAAGUUCCACUUGCUAUAUUUAAGAACUAACUUAGACUUGAAUAAAGUGUGCAAUAGUACUUGAUUGCAGGUAGCACUUAAUUUUGAGGCUUGGAACAGGAGGUAGUGCUUUGCUAAGUGGCUUAAUUACUUUUAAAAGUUUAAGAAUUUCUAUGAAAUUUACAGCCAAGAAUUUUUAUAUAUUUUUUUAAAGCUGGUACGGCAUUCCCUGACUGCACUGUGACUCAACCUUAAAUUCAGAAGACUGACAGCUGCCUUUGUACUGGUCAUUUUGCAAGUGUGAGAUUGUAGCUUUGCUUAAGUGUCUAACUUACCCUUUUGCUACAUUUAGCUUAAGCCUUGUAGCAUUCAUAUUGGUAAAUGGAUAAUCCAUCCAUUUCAUGAAGCAAGGGAAGACUCUUUCCAAGCAGAAACCUUUCAGAGUUUUAUCCCAGUUACUGGUGUAGCAGAAGCCAGUGUGCUUAAAGCUGCUGACUAGCAGCUGAUGGAUUUUGGAAGAAAAGAGACUGCCUUAGUCUAUCUGUGGGCCAAUUUCUCUUACCCAGUAUUUUGUGACUUUCUGAGGUGCCAGGCAGUGUGACCUUAUAACCAGUCCAUUAGGGAACUAUCUUACAGAACUAAAAAGACCAAAAAAACAAAAAAAAAACCUAAAACACCUUUUAUUUAAUAACAAAAAGACCCCCCAAAAAGCGGGUUUUUUUUUGAUCUAAACAUGGCAAGUGUAUGUGUCUUUUUGGCUUUGAAGUUACAUGUACAUUUUGGAAAGCAGAAUGUGAGGAUUAACUUAGAAGUAUUUGAGAAUUGUUAGUUUGUAUGUUUUCUAAUACAGUGUUUUCUAAAACUAGAGGAAGAAUUAGUUCUCAACAUGUGAUUUACAGCUAUUUGCUGUGCUAAAAGAGAACUAAAACUCAGUCAGCUACCUCUGACUGAAGGCAUGCCACUGCUGCCUUCUUUUUGAGACAUGCUGAAAGUCUGAAAAUGAGCUCACACAUCUAUCCUGGCACCUCCCCCAGGAGACCUCACCUAUUUGAUGAGGUACCCAAAUGCAGCCUUCGUAAGUGGCCUAAAACUGAGCUUACACACAGGCUCCAGGCAGAGCUUUGGCAAGCCCAUCUCUGAUCUAAAGAUACACAGUGCCUGUGCUUGAAGAGCCACUGUAUUAUCCUUAUUUGGCAUAGCUUAUUGGUACAUCAAUAUUUAAUGCAGGAAUGUUGCUGCAACUGCCAGACACCUUCAGUUCUCUCACUUAAGGCUGACUUUUGGAUACAGGCUCCUACUCUCCAACCUCUUGCUUCAGGGUGAUAGGGUGGUGUCACUCAAUACACUUUUCAGAAUCACCUAUUUUAUGUGGGUGGGUUGUUUGUGUUUUGUUUUU